AUGUCCACCAUACUGUUAACAAAUCACUUUCGGAGAUCCUCAUUAAGUUUGUUAUCUACUACAAUAAGAGUAAAAGAGACAGCUUGCAUUGAUUUAACCAUAAACAGAGAGUUGAAAGAGAAAGAGCAACAGCAAAAGAUUAUCAACCAAUAUAUCGAUGAUAGUACAACAACCCCAAACACACAUGCAUUCACUGACGUUGAUUAUAACAACAAAGCUCUCCUUGAUUUAAUUCUCCCCCCCGUUCCCCCCAAAUCUACAAAACUGGCUCUCAAAAUCCGCAAACAAUUUGCCCAUCAAGCUUUUGGCAAUUUCCCACCAGAGGAUUUUCCCAGCAGCAACGAACUGAGACCAGCAUCACCACCACUACACGAAAGAAAAAUGGGUGGUCCCACAGCAACAUCUAAUCCCGCCACAUCAUCAUCGGGUCAUCAUCCCGAGGGUCAAACCUAUUGUCUGCGUUGGAAUAAUCACAAAUCGAAUUUAAUUGAAAUUCUCGAUGCCCUCAUUAAGGUAGAGAGUUAUGUCGAUUGUACAAUUGUCGUUGACGAUCAGGUUCAAUUCAAAGCCCAUCGUGUGGUCUUGGCUGCCAAUUCGCCAUAUUUCCAAUCGAUUCUCCAAGAUAUGCCCAUGGAUCAUUGUAGCAUAAUUUUCCCAGGCGUUAAAGCAUUUGAAAUGCGUGCCCUAUUGGAAUAUAUGUACACGGGAGAGGUGAAUGUCACCCAAAGUCAAAUACCCAAAAUUAUGCGUAUCGCUGAGGAAUUGGAAGUUAAGGGCCUGUUCGAUAUGGCAGAUUUGAAAGAGAAAUUCCACAAACUAAGUGAAGAGCAUGCUGAGCGUGCUGCCAAUAAUCCUUAUGCCAAUUCGACGGCCCCCAGCAAUCCUUACUCCUCGGUGACCACCUCCUCGGCAGCGGGUACUCCACAAACCAGUUCCAACAAACAUCAAGACAAUGAAAAUUAUCAUCAUAAUUCCUCGUCCGUGAUCUCUACCUCAUCGAAUAUUUCACCCUCGGCUGCGCCCUCGUCCUCAUCAUCCCCACCCUAUAACAGCUAUAAAUCUCCCUAUGCCAGUUUGUAUAGUAAAUCUCCUGCUGGUAAUGCCAGUCAAUCGAAUAAUUCCCCUGCUCAAUCAAGCCAACAAACUCCCAAUGCCUCCUCCGCUGCCGCUGCUGAACGUUCUGGCCAAUGGUCGGGUAUGUCACCAUCUGCUGCUGCUGCCGCUGCCAUGUUAAGUUCAGUUUAUGAAUCGGCACCCGACAUGAACCCCUUGAAACGCAAGAAGCUAUCCUCAAUCUCCUCCAUGUUGAUGAAUCGUGAUACACCCAUUUUGCGCAAUGUCUUGGCCCAAGCUAACCCUGCUGAUUCCUCACAACCCAUGCCGCUGAUGAUGCCAACCAAUGGUAAGGGUGAGAAAAUGAGCUCCACUCCCAAUAGCAUGGAAAAGAAUAAUAGCUUCAAUGGUUCGGAUUAUAGUAAUGAUAAGCUCAAAUAUCCCGAUGAACCCCAUUCCCCCUACACCGAUCGCUCCUUCGAAGACGAAAGCUUCGAUCAGAAGGGCAACUAUGCCAACAACUUCGGCGGUAAUGGCGGCAAUCAGAAACCCGAAUGGAAGCGUUACAAGCAAUACACCCGCAAUGACAUUAUGUCCGCCAUUCAGUGUGUACGUGAUGGCAUGAGUGCCCUGCAAGCUUCCCGCAAAUUCGGUGUUCCAUCACGUACCCUCUACGAUAAGGUUAAGAAGUUGGGCAUUACCACUGGCCGCCCCAUGAAUCGCACAAUGAAACGUAGCCCCAGUAAUGUUGAGUCCACUGCUGCCUUCCCAUUUGCCCAUGGUUAUGGCCAGGCUGCGGCAGCAGCUGCCAUGCAUGAAGCCGCUGCCCGUGAGGAACGAGAAAUGAAAGAACAUCAUCGUAAUUCGGAACAUCAUCAUAUGGCCUCAGCCAUACCUCAUCCUGCUGCUGCCCUCCUUGAUCCUGCCUUCUUGCAACAGGCUUUGGAAAAUCGUGGUGGUGAUAUUGCUGGGCGGGAAGCUUUACAUGCCAUGGCUUUGGCGGCAGCUGCUCAUGCGGCCGCCAAUCGUAUGUCUGCCAGUCCUGGACCAAAUGGUAAUGCUGUGCGUUCACCAAGUCCCAGUAAUUUUGGCAUGAAAUAUGGCGCCAACAUGCGCAACGCUGUGGAACAGGAAUUCUUGGAACGUCACGAAAUGGAAAGGGAGCGGGAACGUGAAAUGGAACGCGAACGUGAGCGUGAAAUGGAACGUGAAGAGGAGGAAGAGGCUCAAGAACGUCGUCGUCGCCGCCGCAAUUCAGAAGAUGAGCCACGUGGCAAUGAAGAAGAUGAUCACGUUGAAGAUCUCUCCUUGGCCCGUAAAGAUGCUCACACUCCCAUUGAGUCGGGACGUCCAAGAUCCGAAUCACCCUUCUCGCCAACCACCACAAAUAACGCCGAAGAUAAAUCCGUUAUUAUGUCCACAAAAAUUCCCAACACCCCAACGGAAAGUGACAGCUUCAUUCACGAAUCGAAUCUCAAGCGUGAGGUAAUAAUCGAUGAUGUUCGUGCCGACUGA